AUGCCUAAGCAGUCGUCAAAAUCGGGAAAGAGGCAGAAGCGAGACGAUGACAAUGACUCGGACGAGAGCGCCGACGACGACAUCCAGCCCAUACACUUCUUCGUUCCGGGCGAAAACAUCAAUGCGGCCGUUCUGGUGGAAUAUAUCAACCGCUAUGUCGACCGGACGGCGAAGAUUACAUCGGCCCAGCAUCCCACCGAUAAAAAUCGGACGGGUUUCAAUGUUUCUGCAAAAAGAUCCCUCAAUGCCGUUAGCAUCCGCGAUCUCAUAAACGACUCUAAAGACUGGGAUCUGGAAACACAAAGCAGAGAGUACAGAAGGAAUCCGUACGACUAUCGAGAGUCUGAUACCGCGAAACGCCGGGCCAAAAAGGGCCCCUCGGAAGGCGGCACAAACCGUCCCCAGCAACCACGAGCAAGGCGAGAAACCACGGCUGAACCGCAAGAUGUCGGGCGGCAAGAGAGAGGCCCUGUCCAGCCGAGUGGAGGUAGUGGCGCUUCGCAACCCCAUUAUCAGGCCCAAUACGCCCAAUACUCCUCGCAGUCGCAGCCUCAGAAUGUCCAGGCAAGCUCGUAUGGGUAUACCCAGCCAACAAGCCCGCCCACCAACAUCAACAUCACCAUGAAUGCCGCAGCAUUCGCGCCGAGCCGAGCUGGACAGCCAGCGCAAUACCCCGCGGCGACAUACACCAGUGGCGGGUAUGCGCACCCAACGCAUCAAGAAUCGGAGCCACCGCCGGCUUACCAGCCUUCUAUAACAAGCCGCGGGGGAGGCUCAGGACCGCAACCUCCGGCGCAGCCCGGCCCUGACACGUUCGAUGCGGACAAGCCAGCAAUAAGUCGAUCACAGAGUGCCCAACAGCAAGAGCGUCGAGGUUCAAGCUAUGAUCAGUCGGGUCGAAGAUCCGCUCGUUAA